AAAAAGCCAGCCUCCAGCCAAGAGCUGUUAUCUCACUGCUGUUCCCAUCUAACAUCAGGCUCCGAGAAGGAAAGGAAGAUUCCUCUUCUCCUCUCCUCCAAGUGACGAAGCCCGCGCGCGGCGCCAUCAUGCGGCAGGAGGCGGUGUCGCUCUUCCUGUGCUACCUGCUACUCUUCGCCGGCGGCGGGGCGCAGGCAGGCAAACGACAACGGGAAGAAGAAGGCUCGGAAGGCCGAGGCUCCGGGUUCUGGGGCGCGCUGACCUACAUGGCGAUCGGAGGAGGGCUCCUGGCCGCCGGGCUGCCCGCGCUGGGCUUCACCAGCACGGGCAUUGCCGCCAACUCGGUGGCCGCCUCGCUGAUGAGCAUGUCGGCCGUGGCGAACGGGGGCGGGGUGCCCGCCGGGGGGCUGGUGGCCACCCUGCAGAGCCUCGGGACUAGUGGUGGUAGUGCCCUCAUGGGCAAGAUUGGGGCCUUCCUGGGCUACGUUGUCCACGAACACCUCGAAAACAGCAAGGAGGAGCAGGAGGAUGAGGAGUAGCCAGCAGCAACCGGGAACCCGCCCCUUCUUCCAACUGUAGACCAGAGCUUUCUCUGUCACACUCAUCAGUGACCUAAGUGAAAACAUGGAAUAAAAUUCAAUCAGAAAACACUUUGCCCUGGGGCGUCUGGGUGGCUCAGCCGGUUAAGCGUCUGCCUUCAGCUCAGGUCACGAUCCCAGGGUCCUGGGAUCGAGCCCCGCAAAGGGCU